AUGGGUUCAAUAGAGACGAACAGAGAAGACCAGGCUGCCGCUUUUUCAUGGUGGUGGGAUAGCCAUAAUCAUCCCCAUCAAUCUCAGUGGCUUGAAGCUACUCUCUCAGAUUUGAACGAGAAGACUAAGCUCAUGCUAAAUAUUAUAGAAGAAGAUGGAGAUUCAUUUGCAAAGAGGGCAGAGAUGUUCUACAAAAGAAAACCUACGCUGAUAAACUUGCUAGAAGACUUCUACAAGUCGCACCGCUCGCUCGCUGAGAAGUAUGAUCAGCUUAGGUCUGAACUAAUUCAAGCCUCCCAUCUGAGAUCAUUUUCUUCCUUACACUCCUUGAAAGUCCAAACCAUCCACAGGUGUGAAAAGGAAGUCAAGGCUUUGAAGACACAGCAGGCUGAGACAGACCAAGAAUCCUAUGAAGAAUCCGAUGGUGAGAAAAUGUGGGACGAAAAGAUCUCAGAACUCAUAGAUGAAAAUAUUCAGCAGCAGGCUGAGUUGAUAAGGAGAAACAAGUACCAGAAUGAAACAAUUCAGAAGCUGAGGGAUGAGAACAAAAGGUUGAAGAGUCCUCUCGCAGGGCAUAAGGCCGAUGAUCUCAAAAGGCAAAACCAAUCUCAGUUUUCAAGGUCCAAAUCCAAAGGGCCUUCUUUCCUCGGAAGGCUCACUGGAUGCACUGGCUCUUGA